AUGAGUCGCCACGACGAGCGUCCGACGCUGUCGGCGCUGAACCCGUUUCGCCAGACGGACGCUGAGAUACUGCAGGACACGGACCUGGCCGGCCCACUUUGCUUCUGUCUGGCAUUCGGCGCCUUCCUUCUAUUGACGGGCAAGCUGCAUUUCGGCUACAUCUACGGCAUCGGCAUGAUGGGCUGCGUUGCCAUGUACUUCCUGCUCAACCUCAUGUCGAUGCAGGGCGUCAGCAUGGGCGUCGUCGUCUCCGUGCUGGGUUACUGCCUGCUGCCUAUGGUGGUGCUCUCCGGAGUCUCCAUCGUCCUUUCGCUUCAGGGCACGCUGGGGAUGCUGCUGGCCGGACUGACGAUCCUCUGGUGCAGCCUCUCCGCCUCGAAGCUGUUCGUGACGGCGCUGGUCAUGGACCACCAGCAGCCGCUGGUCGGCUACCCGUGCGCCCUGCUGUACGGCGUAUUCGCGCUGCUCACCAUCUUCUGAAGCGGCGGGCGCCACCCGCCCGCUGCCGGGGUCGGUGGGUUGCGGCGCUGCGCACCAUGCCGUUGCGGCGCGGCCGUCUGGCUCGUCAGCUGCUGAUGGUGGACGUCUUUCGCGUCAUUCAUGCACGACGCCCACCGGCCUGAGCACGCGCUGUGCCGCCAGCGUGGAUGCUGACGCUGAUACGGACCCAUCUGUGCGGUAGUACAUUGGACGGGAUGUUGUACAGCGUAUGCAUGAAAUGCGCAUGCAUGCUCCUGUAAGGACAGCACUCGGUGAACUCGGUGUCGGUGAAUUGCAGAGCUUUGUGAAUGGCAGACACAAAACUGACUUUGAGCCUAAUAAAGAGUGUUGAGA